UUUCCCGCUCCCCUGUCAGCUCGGUAUCGCCUCUCCCGUUAACUGGAACGUUCCAGAAUCAGGCACCCUCACAGACUCUGAUGGAGGCGCGUCCUAAUGUUUCGCCUGCUGCAGUCUCAUUUCGCACUUCUCCUCAGUUUUCUAACAACGCUCUCCCUGCGCAGCUGACCUCGAGAUCUGACGUCCCUCCGCUUUCAUUUUCCAACAACGCACCGCCUACGCAACUGUUCUCCAGAUCUGACGCUCCUCGCUUGUCAUUUACAAAUACUUUGCCGCCAGCUCAACCCAUCUUCAGAUCUGACACUUCCAGGGUGGCGCUUCCUAACAGUGCACCUCAAACACAGAUGGGCUCUGACGUCCCACGGCUGUCAUUUCCCAACAAUGCACCUCCAGCGAGGGUUGUGUUCAGACCAAAUGCUCCUCAGGUGCCAAUCUCAAAUGGCGCAUCGCCAACGCAGCUGUUCCCCAGAUCAGAAGCUUCUCGCCCGUCAAUCUCCAACACUGCGGCUCCAUCACAAGUGGGGCCCAGCUCUGGCGCUUUUCGUUUCGCACCUUCCACGAGUGCUUCUUCAUCGCAGCUGGUCUCCAGGCCUGAAGCGUUUUCUUCACCACAGAGAGUAUCGAUUUCAAACAGGGCUCUCUGCACACCAGAGAAUCCGUGCAACUUCCCAGCAAUCUCAAACGAAAUAUCUGCUGGAAAAGAGACACCAGCCAACUACCAGUUCAGCUACGCGGUGCAGGACGCCGCCUCCGCCUCAGAUUUCGCCCACGAGGAAUCUGCGCAACAGGAGGGCAUCAAGGGCCAGUACCGCGUGCUGCUUCCAGACGGCCGGCAGCAGGUCGUCUCGUACAGAGCCGACGAGACCGGCUUCAGGCCGGAGGUAUCCUACCAGUAGCUCCAAGCCGCACUACCGCCAGCCGGCCAGCUGGAGGAGGUAUCUCACCAGCACCUCCACAACAGAACACCACCGGCAGUUUCCCCCUCACCGUCAAGGUUGACGAAACAGUUACCGCAGCAUUUGCACGAUGACUCUGGCGCUGCACGACACAAGAACACAAGCCUUGAGAAGUGUUUCACCACCAGAUUACGUUAAGAAAUACCUGCGGCAGAGGAGAAUGGAGCAGCUUCUCAGUACCGAAUA